GAGAGCUGGCAGUCUGGAGGAGAUUGAGAGCAACCCUGUAGCUGAGAUUUCUGCCGUGAGAAUUGCUAGUAACAAUUCACUAUGGGGGAUAUCCUGGCCCAUGAAUCUGAAUUACUUGGACUGGUGAAAGAGUAUUUAGAUUUUGCUGAAUUUGAGGACACCUUGAAGACAUUUUCAAAAGAAUGCAAAGUAAAAGGAAAGCCAUUAUCUAAAACUGUAGGUGGCUCACUAAAGAAGGACUCCAAGUCACUGGUAAUCCAGAAGGAUCUGGUGGCAGCGUUUGACAGUGGAGACCAGAAGUUAUUCUUCGAUUUGUGGGAGGGACAUGUUCCCAGCUCCAUCAGAGAUACUGACUCUCUGGCCCAGAAGCUGGAGUUCUACCUUCACAUCCAUUUCGCCAUCUAUCCUCUGAAGUAUUCUGGAGGCAGGCCGGACAAGCAGGAGCUAGAUGAGAAGAUUUCGUAUUUCAAAACCUACCUGGAAACCAAAGGGGCUGCCUUGAGCCAGACCACGGAGUUUCUUCCAUUCUAUGCCCUCCCUUUUGUGCCUAACCCUAUGGUCCACCCCUCAUUCAAAGAACUCUUCCAGGAUUCUUGGACUCCAGAAUUAAAGCUGAAGCUGGAAAAGUUUUUAGCUUUAAUUUUUAAAGCCAGUAACACGCCAAAACUUUUAACCAUCUAUAAGGAGAAUGGACAGAAUAGCAAAGAAAUGCUGCAGCAGCUCCAUCAGCAGCUGGUGGAGGCCGAGCGCCGGGCCAUGACCUACCUCAGACGGUACAAUAAGAUCCAGGCCGACUACCACAACCUCAUUGGAGUCACAGCUGAGCUGGUGGAUUCUCUAGAGGCCACGGUCAGUGGCAAGAUGAUCACGCCCGAAUACCUGCAGAGCGUCUGUGUCCGCCUCUUCAGUAACCAGAUGCGGCAAAGCCUGGCACACAGCGUGGACUUCACAAGGCCUGGGACGGCCUCAACCAUGCUGCGAGCCUCCUUGGUUCCUGAGAAGUUGAAGGAUGUCCCAUUACUGCCCUCCCUGGAUUAUGAGAAACUGAAGAAGGAUUUGAUUUGGGGCAGUGACCGCUUGAAAGCCUUCUUGUUGCAGGCUCUGCGCUGGCGCUUGACCACAUCCCAUCCUGGAGAGCAGAGGGAGACGGUCCUGCAAGCCUAUAUCAGCAAUGACCUCUUGGAUUGUCACAGCCACAACCAGAGGAGCGUGCUGCAGCUGCUGCACUCCAAGAGCGAAGCUGUGCGGCAGUACAUGGCCAGGCUCAUCAACGCCCUGGCAUCCCUGGCUGAAGGUCGACUCUACCUAGCCCAGAACACAAAGGUGCUGCGCAUGCUGGAGGGUAGGCUGAAGGAAGAAGACAAGGACGUCAUCACUCGUGAGAAUGUCCUUGGGGCCUUGCAGAAGUUCAGCCUCAGGCGCCCGCUACAGACGGCGAUGAUCAGAGACGGCCUCAUCUUCUGGCUGAUCGACCUUCUGAAGGACCCCGACUGCCUGUCUGACUACACACUGGAAUACUCUGUGGCGUUGCUCAUGAACCUCUGCCUCCGCAGUGCAGGAAAGAGCACGUGUGCUAAAGUGGCAGGGCUCGUGCUGAAAGUCCUUUCAGAUCUCCUUGGCCAUGAAAACCAUGAGAUACAGCCGUAUGUGAACGGAGCCCUGUACAGCAUUCUUUCCAUCCCAUCCAUUCGUGAGGAGGCCAGAGCCAUGGGAAUGGAGGAUAUCCUGCGAUGCUUCAUCAAAGAGGGCAACGCUGAAAUGAUCCGCCAGAUAGAGUUCAUCAUCAAGCAGCUGAAUGCCGAAGAUUUACUGGAUGGUGUUCUUGAAUCCGAUGAUGAAGAAGAUGAAGAUGAUGAAGAGGAUCAUGACAUCAUGGAAGCUGACCUAGACAAAGAUGAACUGAUCCAGCCCCAGCUUGGAGAACUCUCAGGCGAGAAGCUUCUAACCACAGAAUACCUGGGCAUCAUGACCAACACUGGGAAGGCACGGCGGAAAGGCCUGGCCAGCGUGCAGUGGAGUGGGGAUGAGCCCCUGCGGCGGCCCGUCACUCCUGGUGGCCACAGAACGGGGUGCCCAGUGCUGGGCGACCACCUCGUUUCUCCCCAGAAUGCCCAACAGGCCAGACAUAGCUGCCUGCAGGCCCUACCAGCCACUCAGCCAGACAUCCGCAAAGAGGGCAAACCUAGUGCUGCUGGGCGUGGCACACCCUCUCCAUCAGUUAUGGAUCCCAAGCCAAGAGACUGGUUACCAGCUGGACAUCAAGAAGAGCCUCGGUUGAUUCCCAGCUUGCCAAAGGACGUGGUCCAGGACCCAGACAGUGGACAUACCACCAGGGAAUUCACAUCAGCCUUCACCUGCAAACCCUGGGUACCCAGCACUCCGGAGUCCAUGGCGCUGAACACUCCCAAGGUGAAAGCAUUGUCUCUGGCCCCCCAGUUCUCCUCAAGUGGCCCCCAACAGGCCAGCCGCCCAGCUUCCACAGCAUCCACCACAAGGGACCUGCACAGCAGCCAGCCAUACAGGAAGUGAAGAUGGCUUCUUUCCCAAGCUGUCACCAUCACGUGGCUGAGGACCCAUCGGCUUCCCGUUCUCUACCAGCCAGCA